CCUACUUUUUUUCCAAACACAACCCAGAAAGAACUGAGGAAAUCAGGGAGACCGAAUGCCUUCAAAAAUACAAGAAAUCUUAGAAUGCUCAAUUAAUGUGACUUUGGGGGUAGAAAUGGGAUUUGGACGGGUUUCCCCUUCUGUUGUCCAGUGUCUUCUUUAACUUUUUGGUCAUCACUCCAUUUGAAUACAUGAUUUUAGCUACAAUCAUAGCCAAUUGUAUCGUGCUGGCUCUGGAACAACACUUGCCGGAUGGAGACAAGACGCCGAUGUCGGAGAGAUUGGACGACACUGAGCCCUACUUUAUUGGAAUAUUUUGUUUCGAGGCUGGGAUAAAAAUCAUCGCUCUGGGGUUUGUUUUUCACAAAGGUUCUUACCUGCGGAACGGCUGGAACGUGAUGGAUUUCGUCGUGGUCCUCACGGGGGCACCAUGUGAUCCAGCAACUGAGAGGCCAAAGGGAAUCCUUUAUGCAUUGAGAGGAAGAGAAUAA